AUGCCUGUUAAUGCACUCACUAGAAACGUCGGGUUGCGCGUUGGUCCAAUAAUUCUCGAAAGGUUGAUCAAACACUAUUUCGAUCGCUUGAAGAACGACCUUCAGCAGGGGGUCGACAAAACCAAGGACGUGCAGUUGAGACAGGACGAGCUACUUUAUGAUGAGGCGUUCCAUAUCAUCAAGGCUUUCCUCGAUGCUUCAACAUAUCACACCGUAGAAGAAAUGCAAGAAUUCUCGAAUUACCGUACAAUCUCACCGCCUUGGGUUCACGUAGUUCGAGUUAUCGUACCCAUGUCCUGUUGUGACGAGGCCGCUGGGUACUUGAUAACUGCACUCGGAGGAGAAAACGUGACACGGCGCGUCGUGGGAGGCGUAAAGUGGUGGCAAGUUCGAAGUAUCAAUGGUGUCGAUGCCCAGUGGAUCACAGCGAAGAAGGAUUGGCAGGAACAUAAACGGCGUUACAAAAUGCAAGACAGAGCAGCCAGAGAGAACGAGGCCUACUCUGCUGUCGAUUCUGGAACAUAUGAGAAGGAUAUGGACGAAAUGCGAUGCAUAUUGUAUUCUCAUGGAGGUGGAUACUACUUCGGUAGCGUUGAUCAAGGAAGGUAUGCUAUCCAACGCUACGCGCGAAAGAUCAAUGGGCGCGUAUUUGCCAUAAAUUAUCGUCUCGCUCCUCAAUACCCCUUCCCUUGUGCUCUGCAAGAUUUGGUCGCAGCAUAUUUAUACCUUAUACGACCUCCUCCUGACGCCAAACAUAGGCCUAUCCAUCCAGGACACAUUGUCAUAGCAGGAGAUUCUGCCGGUGGUGGACUAUCUCUUGCUCUUCUCCAAGUUAUCCGCGAUACAGGACUUCCAAUACCCGCUGGCGGUGUUCUCAUAUCACCUUGGUGUGAUUUGACGCAUUCAUUCCCAAGCAUCCACACGAACACAGAUACAGACGUUAUACCCCCGCAUGGAUUAUCAAUGCACAAACCCAGCACUCUUUGGCCUCCACCACCGCCCGAAAUGACCAGAGGAGUUCACAAUGGGCUUCGAUCCCGGAUACGCCAGACCUUCAAGCUAGAGGAUAGAAAUGCUACUUCCACUGUGUUGACCUUCAAUCAGAACUUAACUGAUACUUCAUCUAAGAUGCCAGUUGAUGUCGGUGCGACCACUCCGUUCCCGCAGCCCGAUUCGUCUUUCGACAAGCAGUCCUUUUCAUUGACGACAAAGGAUGGUGAAGUCUUGACAAUCGACUCGCAACUUCAAUUGUAUACAGUCAAUAGCCUUCUGUUUCAUCCCCUCGUCAGUCCAGCAUUGUCUUACCUCGGCGGUCUUCCCGCCCUACUGUUCAUUGUAAGCGACAAAGAGGUUCUAAGAGAUGAGAUUGUGUACACUGCUCAUAAAGCAGCGUAUCCAGACAAAUAUCCCGUUAAGGACGAGGUUCGUACUAUAUAUCCUAGCCUACAUGGUAUCGAGGAUAGAUUUGACGGGACCCCCGUGCAUGUACAAAUAUAUGAUGAUACCGCGCACGUUCUCCCUGCGCUAUUUCCUUUUACCACCCCUGGAAAAUUCUGCCAUAGAGCGAUUGCCUCGUUCUGUCGAUAUGUUACGAAGAUGACGGUCCCCUCCACUCCUGUCACCGAUUCUUUUGCUUCAACAUCGGAUACCUCACCUUCUCGGAUGCAGAGUCUCAAGCUACGGACAUCCAAGAGCGCUCUGCUCGGCACCAUUUCUUCGGUGGCUCGGAAGCCUUCCGGCUCCUCUCGAGUUCCUUCAAAAAAGUCAUCCCUCGACUCUCAUCACACCGAAGACUCCGCCGGGCAGGAUGUUAGUACUUCUCAAAGAACUGCGUCCCAGGGCGGCAAACGAGGCUUUUCGUUGAUGAGAAGGAAAUCCACUUCUGUACCGCCACCUCCUCCAUUAGAAGAGAAGUGCAGUUCGCACUCCAUGGGACAAGGGCCCAAUCCUCCCCUUUCUGCUCCAUCAUGGUCGUUUUUUGUUUCGGAUGGUCCCCCGUCUAACUCUUCCGAGCCCAGCUAUAUCGUAGAACCGAAAUUCGCAGAUAUGAUUUCCUCAGCGCCGAGUACCCUCCAUGAGGAACGCUAUGCUGGUGAUCCAAUCGUCUAUAGCGAGAGCGUGGACUUUCCUUCAAUCAGAACCGCUAUGAUUCGGGAGCGUGUGUCGACUAGAGGGGUUAUCCGACCUCUAGAGCCCGAGUCUGAACUGGACGCUUGCUGCGUGCCGCAUGAAAUGAUUGGAGCCUUGUCCGAGUUGGCCAUUCGACGAUACUUUGACGGUCGCAAAAAGUUCGACACCAAGUUUGCUUCAACCAUCCGAGCCAUUGAGAAACACCGUCGUAAACACCUGGAACGUGCGAAGAAGGAUACCAUUAGAAAUAUGAACGUGAUACAAAACUCGUUAGAGAGAGAGGAACAGAUGAAGAAAGGAGAGGGGAGCAAUUCUGGUAUUAAGGAGGGUUUAUUGGCAUCUUCGGGAUGGACUUGGGCUUGGGCAUUGGAUUCAGAUGAACAUCCUCCUCCGAGUAGUAUCGUUUCCAGGAGGGAUACCUCAGAAGCUCUCGAGCUGGCGCGUAUAGCAGACCAUGCCGUACUGCAAGAAGAAGGUGUUGCUUUGAGUGGCAACAGUCUAUGGGGAUUCGUCUCCAACAUGUUGACUAAUUUGCCGGAAAAGCAUCCUAGACGAGGAGAGGUGGCCACUGGGCAUGAGGAAGAGAAUCAUGUGGGCGGGAAACAACCUUCCAGAAAGAAGUCAUUGUUGUCACUUUCAAGCAAAUUCCUCCCCCGGAGCCCCAAGAGCUGA